GUGAUUUGCGAUUCUUUGGAAAAUUCAACCAUGGAACGUAAUUCCGUGGAGAAUUCCAUUGCGAAAAAAAGAACCGACUCCGUUUGCAUCGUCCAAAAUGCCUCAGAGGAUGCACUGUUUAACACGACUACCGCAGGGGGUUGUAGAGACUGCGAGGAUGAUAGAUAUGUACAUCUCAUCAUGCAAAAGUUCGUCACUCGACGAACUGAAGAACCGGUUUUAGACGCGAAUUUACCUGUAUUCGAUGCAGAAUCUGUCGACCUAGCUAUCGCUGAAUCGCAUUCCCCAGGAGUAUCAGUUGAACAGGAUGCCACACAACUCCCCUCGAACAAUGAUUUAGAUCCGCACGCAUCAACCGUCAGAGUGAUCACGUCGGAGCCGUUGUCCAAUGACAACGAUUGUGACGAUGAUUAUCAGCAGGCGGCCGACAACGUGAAUUCCACAGAGACGAACGGUCAUGUCCGGUCCCAACUGGGUGAUCUCUUGCCACGGCCAAUGACAGAAAAGGUGGACAUUUUACCUUUUCUACCAGACGCUAUACAACAAAAUUUUGAUAAUUCGAAAAUGUUUGAUACAAGUAUAAACUCCAACCUGGCGUUAUCUUCAUGCGGCGGCCUGGAGCACUCCAAUGGCGAUAUACCUCAGACACAAUUCACUUUCCCGUUAUCCAAGGUCGAGUGUUCCGAUUUAUUCUCAUCAGAUGGAGACACCAAAGGGGCCAUAGCUAACAACCACGUGAAAUGCACCCUUGAACCAAUCUCCUCCCUGUUCGCAUCCUGUGGUGCAGUCUCUAUACCCAAACCUCUGACCCUCUCAGAAAAACCUGUCAAUAUGUCAGUUGUUCAAAAUCAACUGCCUGAAACCGAACAACCGUAUGCGACCGAUUUUUCCAACAUAAUCACUUCUACUACCAGUGACACUACCACUACAUCAUCAUUUGAGAACAGUGGAAGCCCUCCAACCGAUAAUGCUGAUAAUAACCCAUCGAACUCGAGUGCAGAUACAGAAGCACUGGCUGCUACCGCGACAAACACCAGCAAUAAACUUAGCUUACCUACUAAAAAUGCAUGUUCAGAUGUGGAAAACUCGCCUCGAAACACCAGUCCGCCUAGUUCGCCGUUUUUAGAAAGCGUCCGAGCAUGA